AUGUCCCAAUUACUCAAGCCCUCACGGAUAUGCACUCGUUUCGUGCAUAGGCGUCUUCUUGCAACCGCAUCGUCGACACCUCCACCUUCUUCUUCGUCAAGUUCCCAGUUCGGAAAGUCGUUGGACAGUGGCCCCUCUUUCCAGGACUUCCUGUCAGGCGAACCGAUCGAACGCGUCGUCCUCGGGAAUACCAGGGUCCCACGGCUCCCCUCGUACCUCAAGACUUCAAUCCCUUCGGGAAGCUCAUUCAAUAAAAUAAAGAAGGAUCUACGGGGACUUAAUUUGCACACUGUCUGUGAAGAAGCUCGCUGUCCAAAUGUCGGGGACUGCUGGGGAGGAAAAUACUCUGCGGAUGGCAGAAAAACUGCUACCGCUACAAUCAUGCUCAUGGGCGACACCUGCACACGUGGUUGCAGGUUCUGCUCUGUCAAAACAUCUAGAACACCGCCCGCUCUUGACCCUCACGAGCCUGAACACACGGCAGAAGCCAUCAGUCGAUGGGGUUUAGGUUAUAUUGUCCUCACAAGCGUAGAUCGCGACGACCUGAUAGACGGAGGCGCUCAUCAUUUUGCGGAAACUAUCAGCAAGAUAAAACAGAAGGCGCCGCACAUUCUCGUAGAGGCUCUUACAGGGGAUUUUGGUGGCUCAUUGGAGCACGUCUCGUUGGUCGCCAAAUCCGGCUUGGAUGUCUACGCUCAUAACGUGGAAACUGUUGAAGAAUUGACCCCAUAUGUUCGAGAUAGACGGGCGACUUUCCGCCAAAGUCUGAGAGUCCUUGAGCACGCCAAGAAAGAGGGUGUCCAGAUCACGAAGACAAGUAUCAUGCUUGGAGUUGGAGAAACCGCAGAACAAAUUCUAGCUACCCUGAAAGAACUACGGAAGAACGACGUUGAUGUAGUCACUUUCGGGCAAUACAUGCGACCAACCAAGCGGCACAUGAAGGUGGAUCGAUAUGUCGAGCCAUCUGAGUUCGAUCACUGGAAGACAGUGGCGGAGGAUCUUGGUUUCCUCUAUGUCGCCAGUGGACCAUUGGUUCGCAGCAGUUAUAAGGCUGGGGAAUACUACAUUGAGAAUGUUCUGAGAAAGAAAAAAGGAAGUCGGCAGACGACGAUGCAGCCUUCGAAACUGUCUGAUCCUGUUUCGGAAGAAACUCUUCGGUCUUGA